GGGCAAUGUCUUGGACAGCAUGGACUUAGUAGCUGGUUAAACAGAACUGAAUAUGAGCUGUUUGAAUGACUUUUAGCUCUUUUUAUGAGACAUAUACACUCUGAUGAUAUUUAUAAAGAUGUACCGGUGCCAGAAAACUGGCUAAUGUUUGAGAAAUAUUUUUUAAAGAUAUUUUUUAAUGUAGUUUAGUUCUACCGUGUUUGUUUACAUAUUGGUAGUACUGAGAUCUCAGUCCGGAUGGAGUAUUUAUUAAAGAUUAAAAUACUGGCCCUGUUUGGUGUAUUAGCUCUUACUCUGAUUUGUGGGUUCUUUCCUGCUCGGAUGAAAUUUUUCCGAGAAACUGGUGGAACAGAAAUCCACAGGACAGUACUGAGUUUAAUCAGCUGCUUUGCAGGAGGAGUGUUCCUCGCUGCCUGUCUCUUGGACAUUAUCCCAGAUUAUCUGUCUGAUAUAAGUGAGCAGCUACGAGACAUAAAUGUUGACUAUCCUGUGGCCGAGUUCAUCAUGGCAUGUGGCUUCUUCCUCGUUCUCAUCCUCGAGAGGCUGGUCCUUAGCUGUAGUAGAAGAGGAGGUGAGGAAACGGCUCCUCUGCUCCCAUCUCCAGGUCACAGCCACUCUCAUGCACACCACUCCAGAAACGACAUGGAGAGUGGCAGCCACCAUGUCCAUAUGGACAUGCAGGCGCAUUCAUCUUUCCGCUCGUUCAUGCUCUUCCUGUCUCUCUCGCUGCACUCCAUGUUCGAGGGUUUGGCCAUCGGCUUGCAAACGACGGACACAAAGGUGAUGGAGAUCUGCAUUGCCAUCUUGGUCCACAAGAGCAUCAUUGUCUUCAGCCUCUCGGUAAAGCUGAUGCAGAGUGCUAUCCGACCCAUUUGGGUCAUCAUCUACAUCCUUGUUUUUUCCAUAAUGUCGCCAAUGGGCAUCGCUGUCGGCAUCGGGGUGAGUGAAGCUCAGCUACGGAUGGGAGCAUUUAUCCAGGCUGUGCUGGAAGGCCUGGCAGCAGGAACAUUCAUUUACAUCACAUUUCUGGAAAUCCUCCCUCAUGAGCUCAACUCCCCGGAGCGACAGCUUCUCAAAGUGCUCUUCAUCUUAAUCGGAUUCUCUCUCAUGGCCGCUCUGUGCUUCCUGGGUUAACAUACUUCUCAGGGAGAUCACAGGGAUUUAUAUGGGACAUUAAGGAACAAGUUAAAAAAAAAAAAGCAAAGAAUUUUGUUUUUAACUGACUAACCCAUUUAAGAUUUUUUUUAUUUUCAUGAAUUGCAACAGACAUUUUUUAAAUGGGCUUGCUUUAAAUUGAGUUGUGUAUCUUACAAUAACAAAAUAAUAAUCAAGAGCCAUACAAGCGUGCACAGUUCGAUACAUUUGGCAGUGAUGCCGAAUGAAAGGCUUUAUUUGUUUUUAGCAAAAGUGGCAUUUGAAUGUUAACUGACUCUUUUCGGUAUUUGAGCCUAAUGUAAGAUUUUCAUUCACAGAACUUUUUUUUUUUUUUCAUCUCAGGAUUUUAUUUUAUCAUCUUUAGCUAUUUUCAAGAAUUAUUUAUUUUAAUUGCCAAUCACACAUUAUUGGGCUGAUUACUGGUUAUUGCAGUAUUCCUGCAUCAUGUUUUGAUUGUGAAAGAGUUAAAGGAAACCUGUGGGUUGUUUGUUGUUUUUUUAACCUGGGCCGAGUUUUCACAAUCCUUUGUAAGUAGCCCUCACUGCAGCGUGCGGGAUGGCGUAAGGUGGGGAGAUGGGCGGAGCAAGAUGUCACACACUUACUAUAUAUGGGGGUUAUGAUGUACAAAGGUUAUGAUUAGGGUUUGGGUAUAUCCUGUAAUUGUCCUUAUAUGGUAAGUGAGUGACAUCUUGCUCCGCACACAUCUCGCCCUGCUCCGUCCUACAGGCUGCAAUGAGGACCCUCUCUCCCUUUGGUUCCAAAGAUUUACCAGGGACAAAAACCAUUGAAAACAGUCCAGUAUUGAGAAUGCAAUAACCGGCAACUGCAAAACGGAUGUACAGUAUAAUCCUACAGGGCAAUCAUCUGCGUCAAAGUAAACCACUUGUUUUCGCCACUGACAGGCUCAUAAUGUUGUUAUAAAUAUCUGACAAUGUGGAAAGGAUCCAUACAGAAAUGCACCUGUGUCUGUUUGCCUCAAUAGCUGCAAAGAAACUGUAGAAAAUGACUGACUGUUUCUAAAGUCAUUUGUUUUAGCUUUCUCUUUUUCCAGUUUCUGACACAGCGCCCCAUUCAGCGCCUGUAUUAUCACAUGAGGCUGUUUUCUGAUGGUUACGAAAGGAGAAGUCACACAGAGUUUGUGCAGAAUUUCCAUUUCCGUCUGCAUUGUUUCCAAAGUCAUGUGUAAAUAUUUAUCUGAUGACAACACGUGUGACAACAUGCAAAAGAUCCAUUUUGAAAACCUCAAAAAACAGUUCUAAGCAUUCUCAACUCAUUACUAGAUAGAGUUCAAUCAUUUUCGUCCCCAGUAAAUAUUUGGAUCCAAGAGAUGGGGGAAAAUAGGGCCCAGGCUAAAAAAAACUUCUUUUAAUAUAAUUUAAUUUUAAUUAAAUUUUAAUUUAAUUUAUCUUUUUAAUUUAAUUCCUUUAAUAUAACAUCCCUGUGUUCCAAUACUGAAAAGGCAGUUUUGGUUGGCAGUGAGGUUUUUUUUUUUUUUUCUUUUUUUAAAUCCCCCCAGUGUUUUUUUUUUUGCGCGCAGUGUUUGCAGUCCUGGCAUAAAAUAUGUCCCAUUUGGACAGCAGUAUAAGAAUAACUGACUUAAAAGGUACCACAUUUUGCACAGAAAUGUGUUCUGCAAAAGUUGAAAAAAGAUGUUGAGCUUGCAUUCUUAAAGUUUGCGUCAUAAGAAUGUUGUUAAAGACUUGAAGCUCAAAAGAAACACAGAUGGACUUGUAUGUUGUACUGUUUGCAUUGCGCACUAUAUCGUUAAGUCAGCGGAGUUCAGAAUCCCAACAUGACUGACACACACACACACACACACACACACACACACACACACACACACACAAAAGACUGAUGUAAAAGGUUGCUGUAAACACCUUGCUGUAUCACUGCGGUGCCUUUGUUUUAUAAUCCAUACAUGCUAUUCAUUGGUACAAGAAAAAAUUUGAUGGAAAUAGUUUUGUUGUGCUAUACAUGAUAAAUAAAUCCAUUGUAAUGAAA